CCGACACACCUUCCCCCCAUCCAUUGAUAACCUUUCUCCUAACCCUAGCCGACAGCCCGUUACAGCGCCGCCGUGCUGCCUCCCGAGAUAACGACGACUCCCGAACCUCUCCUCUCAACGGCAACGGCGUCAGCGUUCCCACCCCGUGCGGCUGCUCUCUCUAUCCCCUCCCGUGCUCUGAACAACGGCGCUGUCUCUACCAGCAGCGGCCACGCCGGGUUAGCUUCUUCUGCUUCGUUCUUCCAAAGUAUUCCCCGUCUUCUCCAUCGGGGAGAAGACUGCACCAGGCACUUUCCUCAUCCCCAAUCGCAACCGAAAUCACCGAUUUUUUGCCCUUUUCCGGCGGCAAAACCAUUGGACGGCGGCCAAUCGACCACCGAUCGAGCCAAUAAACCCAAGAUUUCGUUUUGACGAGCUGGGCGUGCCCCCGGAGGCGUUCUUGGGAACCAUCUUUGGUACCAGAUCCAUGUAGAGCGGCGACAUCUUGAGCUCCCCUUUCCCCGGCUAGUAUUGUCUUGCCGGGGGUUUGUUGGUUCCUGGGGAAGUCCUCUGAAGUUCUUGCCAAUCUGGGCGAUCUGUGCCCAGACUCCGGGGUGCAGCUGUGUUAGGGCUCUGGGGGUGGAUGGGGUCGGCAGCAGAUGUUGUGGAGAUCAGCUCCGACGAGGAGGACAUCACCAUGGCCAGGAAAAUGCAAUGGGUUGGGAAGCUUUUUGAUGAUGAUGUUGAUGAUAGGGUAGAUGGGGACGAUUUCUUUGAUCUCGUGGUGAUGGGUGAGUUGUCCGCGCCACCUGUGCUGCCACAGAAGGACAACUCUUGUGGUGGUGAUCAUGCUGAGGAUGACGAUGAUUGUGUAGUUCUAGAUGGUGAUCCUGAUAGGGCUACUACCAUUGGAGGGGAGAAGGGAAGUGCUGGAGAUAGCAGCUCGGAUGAAUUGCAGAUUGUUGCAGAGAAAGGACCGGUAGCGUGCAGGGACUUCCCUCAUUCACGCCAUCUGUGUUCUAACUUGCCCUUCAGCACUACUUCUCAUGUGAAGCAUUGUAGCAUGUGCCACUGUUUUGUAUGUGAUGCUCCAGCUCCAUGUAAUUAUUGGGGUAAAGGUAUAUCUCUUAAUGAUCAUUGUCAUGCUACGGAUAAGGAGACGAGGUGGAAAACACUCAGGCAAACAUUCAAGUACAGAAGUCUGCCAGCAUGUCAUCCAGAAAAACGUCAGAAUAUCGUCUACCCAACAGUGGCAUCAUUCAUACAUCAGGAUACAGAGUGUCAAGUCUCACUCAUACAAUCACAACCGUCUUUAACAUCAAAUACCGGCCGCUCUACUCUUGCCAACCGAAGUCCUCUUCUGAAUGCUACGAGCCAGAACCAACAAAGGCACACUUCAGUUAGAGUCUCGCUGAACGGAGCACAAGCUAUCAGUGCACCAAGAGCAUCCCCUGCGACAAUAGCUCGGAGAAGUACAAGCAAUGUUCACACCGCUCAAAACACUAAUUCACGUGGAAGCUUUAAAAGAGCAGGCACAGCUUCUCCAGGCCACACAAUUCAUAAUGCGAACCAAUUUGGUUCUACUGCUCCAACCAGUACCGUGCCCCUGAUGAACAAGGCAUUGCCACAUGUAUCCUCCCAGCCACUUCAAGCUAUACCAAGAAUUAAUACUUCACAUGUCUCCCAUCCAAUUCAAGCUAUGCAAAGAACUUCUUUCAGUAGUAUUGUUCAGAACAAUGCUCCUCAGAGAUCUCUCAGUGCACCAAUAUCAUGUCAGGGGCAACAAGGUCAACCACCUCCAUCUUGUGAGGUUGCCUCCAAUGGAGUGUAUGGCAUAGCACCACAGCUUACACGGUGCACCUCGCUUAUGACUCAGAAAACACAAUUGCUGCCAGAACCACUAAUGGAUGUUUCCACACAGAGCUGGCAAGACAUACUUGCUAGUGUGGCAUCGGACCUGGGAGUAUUAGAUGAUUCCCAUUACAGUACCAGGACUGUGCAGUCUCAGCAGCCUGCGAGGACUCCCUCCCAACCUCCACAUGCCAGUCCUAACCAGGGGGGCAGUCUUCACGCUGAGCCUGUUGUAUCCACUAUAAACCUGAUGACUUCUAAUGAGCAUGACUUGCUCAAUCAUACAACAUGUGCUGGUGUUCAGACAAAUCCUUCUACGCAAACAAGCCGAACUUUGGAUCCUCUGAAUUACCAGAGCAGUCUUGUUCAAAAUGAAGUACUUCUUGAUGGUUUUGUAAGCCAUCCUGCUGAUGGAUUAUUGGUAGAAGCGGCUCAUCACAGGGAGUCUUCAGGAUUGGAUUCUACAAGUCUUGUAUUUGACUUUGAGCUCGAAGAUUGGGCUUAAGCAGCACUCUGAACAGGCUGUCCAUCUUUGUGGUCUCUGAACCCCGUGGACAAUAAAACCGGUCAUUGACAAACUGGUUCAUAUGUUUCCUUCGUAUGAUAUAGGUGAAGAUGUUCCUUGUACAGUCUCUAGGUUCUGUGGUAGAAACAUUUUGUUGCCUGGGUUGUUAUUUACCUAUCAGUCAUGCAAGCCUUUUAGUAGGCCUUAGACGCUAGUAACAGUUACCACCUUAGAAUAGCAGAACUUUCAUUCCCUAGUUGCUGAUCAUAUUUCUAUCCAUAUUCUAGUGCCCAGGAUACAUCUCUGUAGUACUGUGAGGCACUUGGUUUGGCUUGAUAGUCGAAUUUACACUAGCAGGGAUAAAAUGAAAUGCGCUGUAUCAGGUGAAACUGAAGAUCGAGAUCUAGAAAUUCUUGAAAAUUUAGGAGACAUUGCUCUAUACCUAUGCGACAUUCCAAUACCUUACUGAACGUGUCUGAGGGAUAAGAAGAACAAAGUACAG